AUGACCGACAGCAGCACAUUCAACAUUGUCAUCGUAGGUGGUGGUAUUGCCGGUCUCUCGGCGGCCAUCGCACUGCGAGGACCCAAUCGACGCAUCACCGUGUUGGAACAAAGCAAGUUGAACAAGGAGAUAGGCGCAACGAUAUCAAUUUUUGAGAAGCAAUGGGGUCUAGAGGAAGCUCUCGCUAAGAAGGGCGCCAUGGCUGACAAGGCUUUUCGUAUCUAUGACACCGAAGGCAAACUUCAUGCAGAGAUCCCAUUUCAUCUGAAGAAGAGCUAUGGAGCUGAACGAAUGGUAUAUCACAGGGUUGACUUACAUGACGCCUUGAAAGACGCCGCAAGCAAGGAGAGUGAAGAAGACGGCCCGGUUACCGUCCGUACCGGAUGUGUAGUCCAGACCUGCGACCCAGAUGCCGGUAUUGUGACGCUGGAAUGUGGCGAGGAGAUCGAAGGGGAUCUCAUCAUCGGAGCAGAUGGAAUAAAGAGCGUUCUGCGGAGAGCUGUCAUCGGGAAAGAGGCGCCGGCCAUUCCCACUGGCCUGUCUGCGUACCGACUCAUCAUCGACAGCGCGGAGCUAGAGCAGGACAAGGACUUCACAUCGGUGAUAGAUCCAAGAGAGUCUUUCACGACAAUGAUCAUGGGACACGACCGAAGAAUCAUCAUGGGCCCUGCAAGAGACGGUUCCAUCUAUAGCAUUGUUGCUCUUGUUCCCGAUGAUCAAAUGCAGGAAAACGCCGAAGGGAAAUCGUGGACCACCAAGGGCGACCCCGAAAAGCUCAGAGAAACAUUCCAAGUCUUCCCAGCCUGGGCAAAAGCAGUUUUCAAGAACUGCACCGAAGUCGGACUUUGGCAAUUGCGAGACCUGGAUCCUCUGGAAACAUGGUACCGCGGAAGAACCAUCAUCAUUGGCGAUGCAAGCCAUCCUAUGCUUCCGACUCAAGGCCAAGGAGCCAGCCAAAGUGUCGAGGACGCGGAGGCCCUUGGCGCCAUCUUUGCUGAUAUCAAUCAAAAGCCCUCUAAAGAAGACACCGUAUUCGAAUGCAGGUACGACCGAGCCACGCUGAUCCAAGGCUACAGCAGACAAUCUGGCAAACCCGCGACGGACAAGUCGAGUAAUAAGAUCACCAUGAACCCCGGAGAGUUUAUGGAUUACAACUGUAAUUACAGUGGAGCGAAGGAUUGGAUUGAAAAACAGGCUGAGAUGAAGAAGGAUCUCGUUGAUGGGCCUGCUGAGAAGGAUCCGCUUCCUGCAAUGGCGAAGCAGAUGAAGGCUGUGUCUCUGGGGAGUGAUUGA